CGUUUCAUUGGUUUGUACUACAAAGUCCAGAGUUCAUAGCGCCACAGAACGCGGAAGUGCCGUCGAGCCGUCCACAGUGGAAAUGCGGCUGUCGAAAAUGCGGUAAAACAUCGACAAAAACAUCAAAUUCACACAUGUGUCGGCGUGUGUGAGCAAGACAUGGUUCCAGAACAUGGGAAGCAGCAGAAACGCUCGUCACAGCCGUCUAAUAGCGAGGGUGAUGCGGACGGAUCGUUCGUGUUUGAGGCUAAAGAGGCCUGGAAGGAUUUCCACAACUCCCUCAGACAGUUUUAUGAGAACGGAGAGCUGUGUGACGUCACUCUGAAGGUUGGGAACAGACUGAUACCAUGUCACAAACUAGUUCUGGCCUGCGUGGUGCCGUACUUCCGUGCCAUGUUCCUCUCAGAUAUGGCCGAGGCCAAACAGGACUUGAUUGAGAUACGAGAUUUUGACGCUGAUGCUAUCCAGGACCUGGUGGGCUUCGCGUACUCCUCGCGGCUGACGCUGACGGUGGAUAACGUGCAGCCGCUGCUGUACGCGGCGUGUAUCCUGCAGGUGGAGCUGAUCGCUCGGGCCUGCUGUGAAUACAUGAAAGCACACUUCCACCCCUCCAACUGUCUGGCUGUCCGCACCUUCGCAGAGAGUCACAACAGGGUGGACCUGAUGGACAUGGCCGACCGCUACGCCUGCGAGCAUUUCAGUGAAGUGGUGGAGUGUGAGGAUUUCAUCUGUGUCUCGCCGCAGCACCUCAAGACGCUGCUGGCCUCCAGUGACCUGAACAUACAGUCUGAGACUCAAGUGUACAACGCCGCAGUCAAGUGGCUCAAAGCCAAUCUGAAGCACCAUGACGUCUGGCUGGAUCAGAUCAUGUCUCAGGUGCGUCUUCCUCUGCUGCCGGUGGAUUUCCUCACAGCCACUGUUGCCAAAGAGGAGAUGAUCAAGGCCAAUUUGAGCUGCAGAGACCUUUUGGACGAGGCUCGGAAUUAUCAUUUGCACCUUAGUAACAAGAGCGUUCCUGACUUUGAGUAUUCGAUCCGUACGACUCCCCGCAAGCACACUGCAGGUGUGUUGUUCUGCGUCGGGGGACGGGGUGGAUCCGGCGACCCGUUCCGCAGUAUCGAGUGUUACUCCAUCAGUAAAAACAGCUGGUUCUUCGGCCCUGAAAUGAACAGCAGACGCAGACAUGUGGGAGUGAUUUCAGUAGCAGGGAAAGUUUAUGCUGUUGGAGGCCAUGAUGGAAACGAGCACCUCGGGAACAUGGAGAUGUUUGAUCCACACACCAAUAAGUGGAUGAUGAAAGCCUCCAUGAACACAAAACGGAGGGGGAUUGCGCUGGCUGCUCUCGGCGGACCCAUCUACGCUAUCGGUGGUCUGGACGAUAACUCCUGCUUCAGUGAUGUGGAGCGGUAUGACAUCGAGUCGGACCGCUGGAGCGCCGUGGCUCCUAUGAACACUCCCAGAGGAGGCGUGGGGUCUGUGGCGCUCGGGGGCUAUGUGUACGCGGUCGGGGGAAAUGAUGGCGUUGCGUCACUGUCCAGCGUGGAGCGCUUCGACCCUCAUCUGAACAAAUGGACAGAUGUGCGAGAGAUGGGGCAGCGGCGCGCUGGAAACGGUGUCAGCGAACUCAACGGAUGCCUAUACGUUGUUGGUGGGUUUGACGAUAAUUCUCCGCUGAGCUCAGUGGAGCGCUUCGACCCCAGGACCAAUCACUGGGAGUAUGUGGCGGAGUUGACCACGCCCAGGGGUGGAGUCGGUGUUGCCACGGUGAUGGGGCGUGUCUUUGCAGUGGGGGGCCACAAUGGAAACAUCUAUCUGAAUACGGUGGAGGCCUUUGAGCCCCGGAUGAACAGAUGGGAGCUGGUGGGCUCUGUGUCUCACUGUCGGGCCGGGGCCGGAGUCGCCGUCUGUUCCACUCACAUCAGUCAGAUUCGAGAUGUCGGCCAGGGCUCCAGUAACGUCGCUGACUGUAUGUAGCCACAUCAUCAUAGUUUGACACACUACAACACUAAGGCUUCAGCCUAAAUACUCUCCGAACACCUGCAUUCAGCCGUGAUGUGGCUCUGAAUCAGGAGUCUGCUGUUGUAUUUAUUGAAUCAACUCUUCUGUGUUCUACAUGUCAAGAGAAGUUCAUGUUUUUGCUUUGAUUUUGUCUAAGUGGAAAGGUUUUUUCUAGCUCACAUGACCACUUUGUCUGAUGUUUGUGCUGAUUUCUGCUGCCUGAACUGCUGAAAGUAAUUUCUCUCUUAGCCAAUUAGAAAUCAUCAGUAAACCAGACUAGUGUUCAGAAUCAGAACUUUCCUCUGAAUAUCCAUGACAUGAGUUCAGUGAAGCGUUUCUGUGUUUGAAAGGCAGAAUGACAUCAGAUACUUAUAAAUGCACAAGGUUAAAAAUCACAAUUUUGUGACUUCAGGACACAAAGAACAAUCAAAAGAGAUUGUUCUGUAGCCGGGUGUUUUAUUUGCGUGCGUACAAUCACAGACAUGAUCAGAACAAAAAAAAGGAGAGAUUCACAAGAGACUCAUUGCUAACGUGACACUUCUUCUGUGAGCCACGUCUCAUGUAUGACUUCAGUAAGACUGUCUUAACAGAACCCUGCAUAAGAUCUGGUUCUAGGUUUAGAUUUGUGCAGAACAGUCUAGAGCGAUGGUGUGAUAAAGGAUUGUGCUUCAUUUUGCCUUUCACUGCCAAACAUGAACAGCAAGCCAAGAGAAGCUCAGAGAUGCUUUUAUAUGUUGCUUUUGUCUGCUAUAAAUGUAAAGCUUUUCUGGCUUGAUUUUAUUGCGUAUGCUUUUUUUUACAUGAUUUAGAUAAAAAAUGAAAAAAACUAUGAUUGCAUUUUGAAACAGAUCUGUUAUACCACGAGGGAAUACAUUGAGAUUUUUUUUAAAUAGAAGGUCUUUGGUGUGUUUUCUUUUUCCAGUGUGACUUGAGUCUUAUUUGAAAAUGACUUUGAAAUCUGAAUAUGAAAAAUUUAUGUAAUGCAUCUUUUUUCUUAGAUUUGGAAAACAGUCCAUAUUGUUGCUUUUAUUCAGCAAUUAUUGUUUGGACUCCAGUUUCAUAAGAUCAUAUUCGAGAUCUGCUGUUGAAAUGUGUUUUACAUUAUUCUGGUGUCACAGAUGUUAACGUUGCAUUCAGUGAUGUGAAACAACAAUAAAUAUAUCCAUAGAGUGAUUUAUUUAA